GCAGGUGGGGGGUGGGGCGGUGAUAUUCUAAUCCCAGGCUGCCUGGGAGGAUAACAGGAGGAGGAGGAGGAGGAGGAUGUGUUGUAUUGUGAGGGACAAGGUUCUGCAGCCGCCGUUCAUCUGAGGGGUCUGAUCCAUAGGAGAAGCAGGAGAGAAGAUGUCGGGCCAGACACUGACGGAUCGCAUCGCUGCCGCACAGUACAGUGUGACGGGCUCCGCAGUGGCCAGAGCAGUAUGCAAGGCGACCACUCAUGAGGUGAUGGGGCCCAAGAAGAAGCACCUGGACUAUUUAAUACAAGCUACCAAUGAGACAAAUGUGAAUAUCCCUCAGAUGGCAGACACAUUGUUUGAGCGAGCCACAAAUAGCAGCUGGGUGGUUGUGUUUAAAGCCUUAGUCACAACUCAUCAUCUAAUGGUCCAUGGGAAUGAGAGAUUCAUCCAGUAUUUGGCAUCUCGGAACACCCUAUUUAAUCUUAGCAACUUUUUGGACAAAAGUGGAUCACAUGGUUAUGAUAUGUCAACAUUUAUUAGGCGCUACAGUAGAUAUCUCAAUGAAAAGGCAUUCUCCUACAGACAAAUGGCAUUUGACUUCGCCAGAGUGAAGAAAGGUGCUGAAGGAGUGAUGCGUACAAUGGUACCAGAGAAGUUACUUAAGGGCAUGCCAAUACUACAGGGACAAAUUGAUGCUCUACUAGAGUUUGAUGUUCAUCCUAAUGAAUUGACCAACGGUGUAAUAAAUGCUGCUUUUAUGCUUCUAUUUAAAGAUCUUAUCAAGUUAUUUGCAUGUUAUAAUGAUGGAAUAAUUAAUUUAUUGGAGAAAUUCUUUGAAAUGAAGAAAGGUCAAUGCAAGGAUGCUCUAGAAAUUUAUAAGCGGUUCCUGACUAGAAUGACAAGAGUUUCAGAGUUUAUGAAGGUUGCAGAGCAAGUUGGAAUCGAUAAAGGUGACAUCCCUGAUCUUACCCAGGAUGGUAUCGCCGAUGAGCCGGCACCUAGCAGUCUUAUGGAAACAUUGGAACAACAUUUAAAUACCCUUGAAGGGAAGAAAGGCAACGGAUCUGGAUCACCAGUAGCCAAGUCUUCCCCUACUACUUCAAUCACAUCUCCAAACACAACUCCAUCAAAGACUGUAGACACAUCUGCACCUCUUGAUCUUUUUGCUUCUGCAAGUGCUUCAUCAGCCAUUUGUUCAGCAAAGCUCUCCAACGAUCUUCUGGAUCUGCAGCCAGACUUCACUUCAUCUGGUCAGUCAGCUCCUGCUGCUUCCGGUGCCGCCAGUGCUUGGGGAGAUCUUUUGGGUGAGGACUCUUUCUCUGCGCCUUCUACUUCUCUUAUCUCAGAGGCUCCUCAGCUUUCUGACCCAUUUUCAGCUGAGCCCAGUGCCCUUCCUGCUGCUUCCUCUGAAACUCCAGCACCUUCGGUGUCUCCGGCACCUGCCACUCUUAGUACUGCCAGUGCUGAUGUCGAUCUCUUUGGAGAUGCCUUUGCUGCUUCUCCCGUUGAAGCACCUGCAACAUUAGAAGGGGCUGCAGCACCACCUACCCCUACCCCUGUUGCAGCGGCUCUUGAUGCAUGCUCUGGAAACGACCCCUUUGCCCCAUCUGAAGGUAGUGCAGAAGCUGCUCCUGAACUGGACCUUUUUGCUUUGAAGCCAGCUGAAAGCAGCACUCCUGUAGUUACCCCUACGACUAGUACAACCACUGCUAGUGCUGCUCUCGCCACUACUCCUUCUCCUCCUCCUCCUACUCCUGCUGCAGCAGUUGCUUCUACUACGACAACUGCUACUACCACUGCUGCCACCACAACUGCCAGCACUACCACAACAACUGCUGCUGCUGCUCCUCCUGCUCUAGAUAUCUUUGGUGAUUUAUUUGAGUCUGUUUCGGAGGUGGCUGCUGCACCUAAGCCUGAAGUUACACCUAGCAUAGACCUGUUCGGUACAGAUGCUUUCUCAUCUCCACCGCAUGGGCCUUCUCCUGUGCCUGAGACUUCCAUCACUGGAGACCUCUUAUCUGUGGAUACAUUUACUGCUCCAGCACCUGCGCCCGCGGCAUCUCCUGCCAAGAUUGAACCUGUGAUUGACUUGUUUGGAGAUGCUUUUGGAAGUGUAACCGAACCACAGCCGGCAGCUUUGGCACCUACAAGUUCUUCCGCUUCAGCAGAUCUACUAGCCGGAUUUGGAGGGUCAUUUAUUUCACCAUCUCCUGCGCCAAUUGCCCCAGCACCAAAUACAAUCAUGCAGCCGGGCUUCGAUGCCGCCUUUGGAGCCAGUCAGCCAAUUACUGCGCCUGCUCCGGCUGCAGCCUCUGCAACAUCUGGCGGCACUUUUGAUGCUUCAGUAUUUGAUGGCUUAGGCGAUCUUCUUAUACCAACAAUGACCCCCUCAUCUCAGCCAGGAUCUUCACUCACAUCAGCAAAUAAUGCCAGUGGUGCUGGCAAGGCUCUUGGCGGUGACCUUGAUUCUUCUCUUGCAAGUUUAGUAGGCAAUCUUGGUAUUUCUGGAACCACAGUUAAAAAGGGAGACCUUCAGUGGAAUGCAGGAGAGAAGAAGCUGACAGGAGGCGCAAACUGGCAACCAAAGGUAGCUCCGGCCACAUGGGCAUCCGGUGGUCCAUCAACUGCUUCUAUGCAAGGAACUGUUCCUCCAGCUAGCACAGGGCCCCAGACAGCCAGUGCUUCUCCAGGUGCACAGCCAACCACAGGCUUUAGUAUGCCUGCUUCUGGGACAGGGGUACCAAUGAUGCCCCAACAGCCAAUGAUGUAUGGACAACCUAUGAUAAGGCCAUCAUUUGGUGGAGCUGCUGUUCCUGGUGCCCCGCUAUCUCCAAGUAUGACUCCUGCAUCACAAAGCCCCAAAAAGCCCCCUACAAAGGAUCCAUUAGCGGAUCUCAACAUUAAGGACUUCUUGUAAAUCUGUAAGAUUCUGUUUUGUGACUUGAAUAUGUGAGUCUGAAGCCUUCGAAGAACAGAAUGCUGCUCAGUUUUCUAAGUGAGCCACCAGUACCAAACCCAGUGCUUAGAUUUCUCUCUUCUGAAACGCGUAGCACAGCUGUGAAAGUAAUCAUUAGGAUUCUGUAUUACCCUAGCAGUAACCCGCUACUAUAUAUCAUAUUUUGUUCAUUUUUGUGUUUUUUGGUUUUCUGUGUUUUCCAUGAGUGGGUGUAAUUUCCCCCAUGCCUUCUAGUGCUUUUCUUGUCCCUUCCUGAUGGGGGCAGAACACGCAGCUGUUGUGUGCUGAGCAGUCUGGACAAAUGUGUCUGUGUUUUUUGAACGUUUCAAUGUAUAUAAUGUUUGGACAUCCCCGUUUCUUCUAUAAAAUAUGAAAUCUUGUGUGACCACAGCAGAAAACACUCCAAUACAACCCUUUGUUUUGUGUGUAAGUGAGAACUACCCACAGGACUAUUAAUUGUGGAAAAUUAAACUGUUGGUUUUUGUGGUACUUUAUAUGUUAAAAGUUAUUUAUAAGUUAUAUGCAUAUGAAAGAAAAUCUUCCUCCACGUAUAUAGUUAUGCACUCCUAUAGAGACAGAUCAUAUCAGAAAUAGAUCAUAUUUAUCUUUUUGUUGUUUUUAAAUAUAAUAUAUAUUUUAAUUAUAUUUUACAGUUUUUGCAUCAAAACUAGUAUAUUGGGCCUUUUUGCAAAAUGAAUCAAAGUAGCUCUUCAUUGUAGUUGCAACAGGGCUACAGGUUCCGUGGAGUAUUACAAAAAAUGAUUACGUUUUUUUUUUUUUGUUUUUUUUUAUAUAUCUUCAGUUUUUAUUGCACAUCCAUCUCCUCAUAUUGUUUGUUUUAGCACUUUUUUUCCGCUGAGUUCACUGUGAGUAGUUUUGUACCAUUUGUGACCAAAUUUCAUGCGGAUCAGCAAGAUCCACCCCUCCUUGUACAUAUUGUGCGCGUUUCAUUUUUUUGUUCACACACAUCCCAUUGUGUGCUGAAAGCUUUGGCUUUAGGUUUUGGUGCAUACAAACAAGGUCACUGUUGAUCAGUGUUACAAGUGGCUUGGCAGCUGUUUGUAGAAGUUUACUGGAUAGGAACGACGUUCACCAGUUGUCUUUCAAUUUAAUUAUUUAUUCGAUAGUCGUAUCUGAAUUUACUGUGGGGAUAACAUACACUCUAAAUGGGGAUCAAGUAUUUAAAAUCAAUUUCAAACUGGCUUUCCUUUGUAUCAUGGUUUAAAGACCCAGUGCAUGUAUGCCCUGUGAGAUGCAAUAAACACCUUGAACAGAAGCAAAUGCAAA